UUGCAUUAGAAAAGUACUCAACGAACACCCCCAAUAAUAGGAGAAUAUUUCUGAAUGGGUGAAUGAAUAAAGUUGCAUACUGCUAGUGCCACCUCAUGUGAGACACUGAAUCAUGGAGAGACGUGUAAUUCAUUCAUAAUACGAUGCUGUUCAUGCAAAUUUGGCAAAUCUGAAACCCCCAAGAAUUAACUCUCCACUCACCUAACCAAACGCACCACAAUUACAGCCUCUUAUCUGCUUCCUUUAUGCCCAUUGAUUCCAUUCCUUUGAAAAGCAACAAACUCUCUGAGAUGGAGACGAGUUCUGCAACUGCAAUGGAGGCCAUCGAACUGGAAAAAGACUCGAAAUCACAAUCGAAGGGAUUUGGGAUCAACAAAUACACCUUAAUUUGCUCUGUUUUGGCCUCCACAAACUCCAUUUUACUGGGCUAUGAUAUUGGAGUAAUGAGUGGGGCUGUGCUUUACAUCGAAGACAAUCUCAAAAUCUCAUCCACCCAAGUGGAAAUCCUGGUGGGUUCUUUAAACGUGCUCUCUCUCAUCGGUUCUCUCGCCUCCGGCCGGACUUCCGAUUCGAUUGGCCGGCGCUACACCACAUUCCUCGCAUCGACAACAUUUCUAGUAGGCGCGUUGCUGAUGGGGCUCGCCCCAUCCUUCCCUCUCCUCCUCGCCGGCCGGAUGAUCGCCGGCGUCGGCGUCGGCUACGCCCUAAUGGUCGCUCCCGUCUACACGGCGGAGCUCUCCCCCGCCACCUCCCGCGGUCUCCUCAGUUCGCUCCCCGAAAUCUUCAUCACUCUCGGUAUUCUCCUGGGCUACAUCAUCAACUACGCCCUCUCCGACCUGCCGCCGCACAUGAACUGGAGGAUCAUGCUCGGACUCGCCGGCGUACCGGCGCUCGUCGUCGGCGUGGGCGUACUGGCAAUGCCCGAGUCCCCGCGUUGGCUCGUAAUGAAGGGCAAAUUGGAAGAAGCCAAAAAGGUCUUAAUCAAGAUCUCCAUAAACGAAACCGAAGCAGAGGAGAGACUCGAGGCAAUAAGCACCGCCGCCGACGCCGACGCCGCCGCCGCCGCCGCCUCGGGGAAUUGGCACGGGCAAGGGGUUUGGAAGGAACUACUGAUAAACCCCACAAAGCCGAUUCGCCGGAUGCUAAUAGCCGCCAUCGGAAUCAACUUCUUCAUGCAAGCCUCAGGAAACGACGCCGUCAUGUACUACUCGCCGGAGGUAUUCCGCGCCGCCGGAAUCCACCGGAAGCGGCAUCUGUUCGGCGUGAAUGUCGUAAUGGGCGUUACAAAGACCUGCUUCGUACUAUUCUCAGCCCUAUACUUGGACCGGUUCGGGAGACGGCCGCUUCUUCUAGUAGGCUCGUCCGGGAUGACGGUGGCGCUGGGGCUAUUGGGCCUGGGCUCGAAAUGCAUGGAGAAGGCGAACAGCAGGCCGACAUGGGCCGUGGUGGUGAGCAUCGUGGCGUUGUGUGGGGACGUGGCGUUGUUUUCAAUUGGGCUCGGGCCCAUAACGUGGGUGUACACGACGGAGAUAUUCCCGAACAGGAUUCGGGCCCAGGGUUCGAGCCUGGCGAUAUCACUGAACAGAUUGGUGAGUGGAGUGGUGUCGAUGACGUUUCUGAGCAUUUCGAAGGAGAUAACGUUUGGAGGGAUGUUUUUUGUGCUGUCGGGAAUAAUGGCAAUGGCUACGCUCUUCUUUUACUUCUUUUUGCCAGAGACCAAAGGAAAAAGCUUGGAGGAGAUCGAACUCCUCUUCCAUGAUAACCACACUCACACAACAACAACAACAACCACCCACAAAAAUGAUGAUCAACACACAAUCUAAUCUUGUAACCAUUUUCUUUUAUGUUAAUAUUGUUUUUGAGGAUUU